AUGGGUUCUUUUAUAGGACAUCUUAUUCCAGGGACUUUAUUUAUUGUAGUUGGUUUUUGGCACUUAUGGUCCUCUGUAGUAAGAUAUGUUUCGGACCAGAAUUCUUUCCGGAUCCGGGUUUGGAACCUGGUUCCCGGUUUUGGCGGUAGUUUCAAGUAUUUGGAGUUGUAUGUGAUUGCAGUUGGAGCUUUUAUCGAUUUGUGCAUCGAGUUUCUUUACUCGACUCAUCUCAAGAUUGUUGUUCACGGUGAGCUAAACCCGUCUCACAUGAACGAUUUCGAGCACUCAGGCAUGCUUCUAAUGUUCUUCAUCUUUGGCGUGAUCGCACUUCUUUCCGAGAAAACGAGCUUUAUUCCCUUGUCAGAAGAAGCUCUAUGCUUUGUAGCUACUGCUGCAUUCACAGCCGACCGCAGCCUUCUUGCCGAAAAGUUUCACAGUCGAUGUAUUCAGUGGCAUCGCCAUAACUUUACAAGGCCUUUGGCUUUACCAAACGGCGUUUGCUCUGUACGGACCUAUGAUUCCUAA